AAUGCCAAGUUCUUCAGUAUCCGAAACCCUUCACUUGCGAUCGUCUCGAAGAACAAAGGCCUGCUUGAAUCAAAACAAUAGCCUAUGCCGUCAUCUUCCCGGCAGCAGCAGUUGCUUAGCUUUAGCCAUGCCUCUGGGACACCUACCAACAACCAAGAACAGAUUUUUCGAAAUCAAUUGGGGCAAAAUAUUCGAGCUAUCUUGAAUGAUCAAUUGACUGAAAUUUGUGGUGCUUCAGAUUUGCAAAUCAGCCAAUCGAUGCUACCAUUAAGCCAUGUUAAGAAAAUAAUGAAAUCAAAUGAGGAAGUGAAGGAGCCUGCAUAUGCAAUUCAACUCGAUAAUGCUGUCGACGCUGCUAUUAAAAAAUCUUCGGUAAAAACACAAAUGGAUUCGCCUCAGAAGAAAACUUCAAGAACAGAGGAUCUAACCUCAAUGGUUCCUAUCAAGAGCAUUGAGGCUAAGAGAGGAGAAUGCAAAUUUGACGAUUAGGUCUUUCUUUCGAGAAACCACCCGCCACCACUGCCUCCAUAGAGGCGAGUGUUCCCUCACCACCACCACCACCACCACCACCACCAUCACCAUCCUCUUUGAUGGAUACGCGGGGCAACUUAUUGCCCACUCUACAAACUCGACUACACCCGACAUUUUGAUGUGAUAUUUUGUGAGAAAAAAUAGUAAUUUUUUAUUGAAAAUUGUACUAUCGAAUAGUGGUGUUUUUAUUUGAAAUAAAAAACAAAU